UUCUAAAAAUACACCACAAAUCUCUCUCUCUUUCCCUCCCUUUCUCCCUCUCCUUCUGUCUCCCUCUCUGAUAAUGGCGACACAAGCUUUGGUAUCUUCAUCGUCUCUCACCUCGUCGGUGCAGGCUGCGAGGCAGAUUCUGGGAGGGAGAUCAACCCAGUAUCCAACUGGGUCAUCUAGAAAGACUUCUUUUGUAGUGAAGGCAUCUUCCACACCUCCUGUCAAGCAAGGAGCUGAUAGACCCUUGUGGUUUGCAUCCAAACAGAGUCUUUCCUACUUGGAUGGCAGUCUUCCAGGUGACUUUGGAUUUGACCCACUGGGACUCUCAGACCCAGAAGGACCUGGAGGGUUCAUUGAACCCAGAUGGCUAGCUUAUGGUGAAAUCAUCAACGGACGUUUUGCAAUGUUGGGAGCAGCAGGAGCCAUAGCACCUGAAAUUCUAGGCAAGGCUGGUCUAAUCCCUGAGGAGACAGCACUUCCAUGGUUCAAAACUGGAGUGAUCCCGCCUGCUGGAACCUACAACUACUGGGCUGAUCCGUACACCCUCUUUGUGUUAGAAAUGGCUCUAAUGGGCUUUGCAGAGCACAGGAGAUUCCAAGAUUGGGCCAAGCCUGGGUCCAUGGGGAAGCAGUACUUCUUGGGCCUAGAGAAGGGCUUAGGAGGAUCUGGUGACCCCGCGUACCCUGGAGGCCCAUUCUUUAACCCCCUUGGCUUUGGGAAGGAUGAGAAGUCAAUGAAGGAUUUGAAGCUGAAAGAAGUGAAGAAUGGGAGGUUGGCUAUGUUGGCUAUCUUGGGAUACUUUGUACAAGGUCUUGUGACUGGUGUUGGACCCUACCAGAACCUUCUGGAUCAUUUGGCUGAUCCUGUGCACAACAAUGUCUUGACCAGCCUCAAGUUCCACUAAAUAUGUGUAUUAUAUGUUAUAAAUAUUCUCUUCUGGAUCAUUUGUAUCUUUCUUCACUCUUUUGGGACAUAAUGUGAACAUCCUGUAAUUCUCUUCUUCAUCUUGUAGUGGCUCGUGGGAGAAGAACAUGAUAACAAGUGGGAAUAUUUUUGACUACUUACUGCAA